GUGUGUGUGUGUGUGUGUGUGUGUGUGUGUGUGUGUGCGUGUGUGUGUGUGUGUGUGUGUGUGUGUGUGUCGCUCCCAGCAGCGGCCAUAUUGGAAUGCUGGAUGUGGAGAGGGGAAGCAGGAACAGGCGACGGGAGAGGGAGAAGGGGGAGAUAGGCAGGAGCGAAAAAAAAGACAGUAACUAUAACUGCCCCGAGCUCCACAACUGAAAUAACGGACUAUUCGCCGACUGGUAGCAGCUUCUCCGGCCGGUAAAGACACCCCGAACCUCUCGGACGUCCCCUGGAACAAGUCAACAUAUUACCAGGAUUGCCUACUACACAGAAUAUGACAGACACCUAGCGGUGUCAGCAGGGAAAACCAUGGCAACGGCCUACCUUGACCCCAACCUGAACCAUGCACUCCUGGGAGGCGCCAAAUCACGACUAAGCACGGGGGUGUCGGACCGAACCAUGGCUGGCUCCGUGGACAGGGUUCUGAAAGUCUUCCAUCACUUUGAGACCAACACUGAACACAGCUGCUGGUCCUCCAACAUCAGAUAUGGAGAUGCAACGGAUGUCAAAGGAAUCAUCCAGAAGAUUCUUGACAUCCACAAAGUGCGCUGGACGUCUUGUUUCGGCCUGCGUCUCAGCAACAGCCAAUCCAGAGACCAGGUGCACUGGCUCCACCCCGAUAUGGGCGUGUCCCACGUCAGAGAAAAAUAUGACCAGGCACGAGCAAGUGAGGAGUGGAGGUAUGAGUUAAGGAUCCGGUAUCUUCCAAAGGGCUUUGUGCAGCAGUUUACAGAAGACAAACCUACACUCAACUACUUCUACCAACAGGUGAAGAAUGACUACAUGACAGAAAUUGGGGAACAGGUGGAACAAGAUGUUGCUCUAAAACUGGGUUGUCUAGAAAUCAGGAGGUUCUUCAAAGAGAUGAGAGGAAACGCCCUAGACAAGAAAUCCAACUAUGAACUACUAGAGAAAGACGUGGGUUUGAGGCGUUUUUUCCCAAAAGACCUGUUGGAUUCAGUCAAGGCUAAAACUCUUCGAAAGCUGAUUCAGCAGACAUUUAAGCAGGUAGCCAAUCUCAACGAUGAGCAGUGCAUCCUGAAGUUUUUGGAGAUCCUCACCCCGAUCUAUCGCUAUGACAAGGAGUGCUUCAAAUGUGCCCUUGGGUCCAGCUGGGUGAUCCAGGUGGAGUUAGCUAUCGGGCCAGAGGAAGGGAUCAGCUACCUCACUGACAAGGGAUCCACGCCCACCCAUCUAGCUAACUUUAACCAAGUUCAGUCCAUCCAGUACUCCGCCAUGGAGGAGAAGGACAGGAAAGCGAUGCUACAGCUCAACGUAGCUGGAGCUGCUGAGCCUCUUACAGUUACGACAGCAUCGCUGACCAUGGCAGAGAACUUGGCUGACUUGAUAGACGGUUACUGUCGGCUUAUCUCCAUGGAAACUCACUCUUUCAUCGUCAGAUUUCAGAAAGAGGGAGAGAGAGCACUGCCUUCCAUCCCAAAAUUGUCCAACAAUGAGAAAAAGUUAGAAGCAGUCAGGAGUGGAGGAGUAAGAGCGAUCUCUGUCUCAGAGACUGAUGACUAUGCUGAGAUAGUUGAUGAAGAGGACACAUACACCAUGCCCUCCACGCGGGACUACGAGAUCCAGAGGGACAGGAUCGAGUUGGGCCGCUGCAUAGGAGAGGGUCAGUUUGGAGAUGUGCACCAAGGAGUCUAUAACAGCCCGGACAAACCAUCUCUAGCUGUCGCCAUUAAAACCUGUAAGAACUGUACAUCUGAUAGCGUCAGAGAAAAGUUCCUACAGGAAGCAUUGACAAUGCGUCAGUUCGACCACCCUCACAUCGUUAAGCUGAUCGGAGUGAUCACAGAAAACCCUGUGUGGAUCAUCAUGGAGCUGUGCACUCUGGGAGAGUUACGUUCCUUCCUUCAGGUGAGGAAGUACAAUUUGGAUUUGGCCUCUCUCAUUUUGUUUGCCUACCAGCUCAGCACAGCACUCGCAUAUCUGGAGAGUAAACGCUUUGUACACAGGGACAUAGCAGCACGCAAUGUGUUGGUCUCUUCAGUCGACUGUGUGAUGCUCGGAGACUUUGGUCUGUCGCGAUACAUGGAGGACAGUUCUUACUACAAAGCUUCUAAAGGGAAACUUCCUAUCAAGUGGAUGGCUCCUGAAUCUAUCAACUUCAGAAGAUUCACCUCUGCCAGUGACGUCUGGAUGUUUGGUGUGUGCAUGUGGGAGAUCUUGAUGUUCGGCAUCAAGCCUUUCCAGGGAGUGAAGAACAACGACGUAAUUGGCAGAAUAGAGAACGGCGAGCGAUUGGCUAUGCCUCCUCAGUGCCCGCCCACCUUCUACAGUUUGAUGACCAAAUGUUGGUCGUAUGACCCCAGUAAGCGACCGCGAUUCACCGAACUCAAAACACAACUCAGCACCAUACUGGAGGAAGAGAAGCUUCAACAAGAGGAGAGACUUCGAAUGGAGAUGAGGAGACAAAUCACCGUGUCCUGGGACUCGGGAGGGUCCGAUGAAGCGCCGCCUAAACCCAGUAGACCAGGUUACCCAAGUCCUCGUUCCAGUGAAGGCUUCUUUUCCGGACCCCAACUCAACCACUUCCCGCCGUCAGCCCAUGGUGUCAUAGGAGGAGGAGGGGGCAACUACCCUCCUAUUGAUUCUUGGAAUCAGCACAGACCUGAGCACACUGCACUGUGGACCCCUAACGUGGAGGACGAUGGAUGUGGAGGCCAGGCUGUGAUGGAGGAGAGGCUGAUGAUGCAGCAACAACAGAUGGAGGACGACCAGCGGUGGCUGGAGCAGGAGGAGAGCUUCAUGGUUAUGAAGGCAGAGUCCAGAAACAGCAGAGGAAGCAUCGACAGAGAAGACGGGACACUACAAGCACCGGGUGGAAACCAACAUAUUUACCAGCCUGUAGGGAAACCAGAACAUGUGGCUCCUCCGAAGAAACCGCCCCGCCCUGGAGCUCCUGGUCACCUAGGCAACCUGGCAAGUCUUUGCCCCGUUGACAGCUACAACGAGGGGGUGAAGCCGUGGAGGUUGCAGCCUCAGGAGAUCAGCCCGCCCCCCACGGCCAACUUGGAUCGCUCUAACGACAAAGUGUACGAGAACGUGACGGGAUUGGUCAAAGCUGUGAUCGAGAUGUCCAACCGGAUUCAGCCUGCAGCCCCGGAGGAGUACGUCCCCAUGGUCAAGGAGGUGGGUCUGGCACUGAGGACUCUGCUAGCGACAGUGGACGAGACACUUCCUGUUCUGCCAGCCAGCACACACAGAGAGAUUGAGAUGGCCCAAAAGCUGUUGAAUUCAGAUCUGGCCGAGUUAAUAGCGAAGAUGAAACUGGCCCAACAGUAUGUCAUGACAAGUUUACAAAAGGACUACAAGAAACAGAUGUUGAUGGCGGCUCACGCCCUCGCAGUCGACGCCAAGAACCUGCUGGAUGUCAUCGACCAAUCACGACUCAAGAUGAUCCGCCCGCAUUAGUGUUGCUGUGGAGCGCGCGUGUGCAGUAGCUCGUAGCCAAUCACAAAGAGAAGAAAACUUGCAGAUCAGUGACGGACGGAUGAGCGUGUGACCUGAUGGAGAGCAGACGUGACUGACUGAAACAAUCGGCUCCCUCUUCUCCUCCUCCAAACAUUCAUCCUUUCUUUUUUGCUCUCUGGAGACGGUCAUGUUUUGCUCAAUAUUGUGAUAUUUUGUACUUUCUGUUCGCAUCAUUUGCUUUGGUGUCCAGAGAAGCGCUUUUGUCCCUCCAUCCCGUUAAUCCUCAAGGAUGAAGUUUUUUUCCUUUUUUUUAAGGACUGCAGAGAUAUUUGGUGUUUGGACGCAUCGAAAUGUGCCACUUCAACCCGACUUGACAGUCUCCACGUAAGCAGGAUGUAACAACUGGAACUGAAAGAGCCAGGAUGAGGAGGAUAAUUGAAGAUGAUAUGAUAAUUUGCUGUUUAAACGUUGCUUUUAUAUCAUUAUUAAUUAAUUACUAUUACUAUUUUCAGCCUUGACUUCUUAUCAGUACGUCUGUGUCCAGUCUUCUUCUGAAAAUUCAAUGGGCAAAAAUAAGUGAUUUACAGCUGCUCAUAAAUAGUUCCAUCUCUGUUUCACCUUCUCUCUCGACCUCUAUCUCAGGCAUCACGAGAUGAAAUAUGAAAGCCGUAUAUUUUGAAGAAACAAAGUAAUGUUCACAGGCCACUUUUUAAGUUAACUUGCAUAGUAAAUAUACAUAGAGGCUAUAUUUUUAACAUGUUUCUGAGGCAUGAAUUGUUAGUGAAGAAGGGAGAAUGAUGAACGGAGGGUGUGAAGGGACAGAGGUGUGAGAGGUGGGGGAAGGGUGUUUAUUAUUAUUAUUUCACUCAAAUGAUUUUGUUUUAUUCAAAAAUUCCACAUUAUUAGCAGCGACUCUGUCGGCAGAAGGUUCUACAAAAAUGUAAAAUUCAUGGAUUCUUUAUUGCUCGUGUUGUACAUUGAAGCAAAAUGCAGUUACGAUGUCGUGGGUUCCUUCUAUCACUCGCUGUCUUCUGACGAAGUCACUCAACAAUAUGCAGUGAAGGCCUUUCAGUGACGCCCCUCGUUGGCAAAUUUCUCCUCACUUUCAGGAAUUGGAUUUUCAGGAACAUUGAAUUACUUUUUGGGUAUAAACAUUCAAUUAAAUAUUUAGAAGAGAGGAGGGUGUUGGUGGCCUAGAUGGAGCACCAGGUCUUGUUCAUUGGGUUUAUCUUGUAAAUUGUUCAUCCCCAACAUGGAUUUGCUUUUCGUCUCCCCUCUAUCAGUUCCUCUUACCUCCCUCAACUCGAGUUAUUUAUACUUUCAUUCCACGUCUCUUCUGCUCUGCCCCCCCAAACCUGUUCUCCCUCUGUUUCCGUCCCUCCCUUCAGCCUCAUAUUGCUCUCCUCCCUCUCUGAUUCUCUCUCCAUUCCACUGUUCUCUCUCCCCUGAGGUGAGCAACAUUCUCAGGAAGGAGUCACAUGUACAGUUGCUGAACCAAGCAAAUAAAAACACUGUUAUCAUUAAGAGAGA